AUGUCGGUAAGAAAUCGUACGGCACCCGGUCCCGACAGAAUAGGACCAGAACAACUGAAGAACCUUCCACCAGUACUCAUCAACACCCUGGCGAGGCUCUUUACACGUUACCUGUCGGAAUGCAAGGUUCCUAAACAGUGGAAGACCAGCAAGACCAUGUUGCUGUAUAAAAAGGGAGAUCCACAUGACAUCGGCAAAUAUCGCCCAAUCUGCUUACUGUCCGUCAUCUACAAGCUCUUUACAAGAGUGAUCCUUAAUAGGAUUGAAAAAGUCCUGCAUGAAGGACAGCCAUGCGAGCAAGCAGGGUUUCGAAAAGGAUUCAGCACGAUUGAUCACAUUCACAUUGUUUCGAAACUCAUCGAGGUAUCACGAGAGUACAAGAUGCCGCUCUGUCUCACCUUCAUCGACUUAAAGAAGGCCUUCGACUCAGUUGAGACCGAAGCGGUCGUGGAAGCCUUGGACAACCAAGGCGUACAUAAAGGUACUUCGGGAGUUGUACAGUCACUUCACGACCGGAAUUUCGUCAUUCUACAAGAAUAUCAUCAUUGA